GGGAUUCAAAAGUGAAAGUAACAAAACCUAAACAAUACUGUAGAAUUAAUUUAUGAACUGAAAGCCUAAGCAAGGUUGAUGACCUUAUAUAUAAUGGAUUGACAACGCUGGCACAUGUCUGUUUAAAAUCUAAGAUCUAGUGACAAUGGAUGAGGACCUUGAGGAGUUCCCUGAGAUAGUACAGGACCCGGUGUACGCCACCGUCAGGAGUACUGCCUCCUACAUCAGCACCGACUCUGCCGAUGAUCUCGACUGGUUAGAGCACUCCAAACUUGCAGGGGGCAUCAUCAAGUUUCUUUAUGAAGGUUCCACUGAAGAGAAGAGUCACACAGCAUACUAUGUCCGUGUUGAAGAAGAGGCCUUAAUUGAUGACUUGGCUAGAUAUAUGUCCAAAGUAUGGAAGAAGAGAAACCCAGACAUUAUCCUAUCGGUCAUCUCCAGCCUCAGUCACUACAAGAAGUGGAAGAAUGGCCAGGAGGUGGAGGACUUUCAAGCAGGUUUGAUUCAGGCAAUGAAUUCAACGAACAUGUGGGUCCUUACCAAUGGGUUGGAUGGGGGAAUCACUAAAAUUGUGGGGGAUGCCGUCCGCUUUGAGAGAGAGAGAAGGAUUAUACUGACCUCCAGAAAGAAGGACUUUUAUGUUAAACUCUCCAAGAGAGAUGAAGUGGAUGACCUUCCCAGACUGACUGUGAUUGGGGUCGUUCCAAAGCUUCAGAUUGAUUUUGAUGCAAGCAAGGAGGGAAUACAUGACUCCAUCAUUUCACUGAAAAAGUCUGGCAUUAAAAGUGAGGCUUUGGAGUUAAAUUCAGAACAUUCGCAUUUCAUCAUAAUGGAACAAAACACAGAUUUGAAAGAGUUGGAAAAUUUCCGGCUGAGGGUGGAGGAAAGACUUCUAAUGCCCAUCGGGAGGGGGAAGAGAUACAGAAAAAUGCAGAUGUUUGACCCUUCUCUAAAUGCUGGAUCAGUCCCUGAAAAUUUGCCGACAAUUUCUAGCACCUGUACCCCCAUGGUGGGCCUCUUGAUACAGGGUGGACCGAUAGACAUUGAUCAUGUGGUUGAUCUUCUAAGGCGUAAAGUGCCUGUUCUUGUUGUACAAGGGUCAGGACAAGCUGCUGAUCUCCUGUCCUUUGUGUAUUUUGAAAAAGUCAACCAUACCGGAGAUGACUAUGAAUCCUAUGUGAAGACAGAGCUGAUCAAGAGAAUGAUGAACUGUUUCCCCAAAGAUUUUGUGGACGAUGAGUUGGCAAGGAAUCGAUGCAGGGACAUAUUCCUUGAGUGUGUCAGUCUGGCUUAUCAGGAUAAUGGAAGAUUCCUUACUGUGCUGGAUAUUAACGCAGACCCCGAUGGACUCAGAAACCUGGACAAGUACAUCUUGAUGACUUUAUUUGAAUCUCAAGUAUCCAAACAGGGCAGUAGAUUUCAGGAACAGUUCCAAUCCGACCUUAAAUUGACCUUGGACUGGAAUCGACCUGAUUUAGCAGCUUCACAGAUAUUUGAAAAAUAUGAUUGGACAACAAUAAAGAUCACGCCUGAAUUGUUUGACAAAGCUUUGUUGAAGCCUGGACGAGAGAAGUUUGUGGAACUUUUCCUGGAGCGUGAAACAAUUCUUCUGCAUGAGUACAUCAACUACAAGAAGCUCUUGGACCUGUUCAACAAUGUGGCCAAUCCUGAUUUCUUCUGUCAGAUUUGUCUAGAGGGGGUUCUUGCCAAGUCCCCAGUUGUAUUGGCUAAUAAGGGAAUGAGCUACCCUGUGGGAAAAGAUUUUGUGAUUGGGAGAGAUUGUGACCUGAACUAUCUGCUAUACAAACUGACAAACCUUGAGAACUUGGUUUCCUCCAAAGAUAUUUCCAUGAACUUCAGUGGGCAGUUUGUAUGUGACAAAGUCACAGCCGAGAGAAAGGCUUUGAAUGCUCUCAUCUAUUGGUCGGUUCUGACCUUUAACCCUGGGGUCACUAGGGUACUGUGGAAGAAAUCGGACCAGCCAAUGGUGAUGGCUCUCAUCAUUAGCAUGAUCUGGCACAACCUGGCCAUAAAAUGGAGCAGGGAUCUUGACACCAAACGCCAGCUUAAGGAGGCAGCCAUAGAGUUUGGCAAGCAGGCGGUGAAGCUGUUGGAUCUGAGUUACUCUGACUCUUGCCUCAACACUAUCGCAUCUUUAGAUGAAAAGUUUCCAGAGCUUAAUAACAAAACCACCAUUAAGCUUGCCCACAUAGCUCGCAAUAAGUUCUUUAUUGCCCAUAAGAGUUGUCAGAAAUGGCUGGUUCAGCGUUGGCAUGGAAACCUGUUGAUAAGGGAGGUGGAUUAUGGAGUGUUCAAACUUCCAAAUUGGCUGAAGAUUUACUUGAGUGUUUUGUUCAUAUUCCCUAUGUUAUUCUGGAUUACGUAUGAGGUGAAAGAAGAAAAUGGGAUCAAAGUAACAGUAGAAGAAGAGGAAGAUAUAGAUGUAGAUCAAGUGGAUACACAGGACUUGAUGCCAAUGAAAAUAAAAUGGGACAAGAGUACAAAAGGGAAGAUGAAGUACCAAAUGAAGGAGAUGUUAUCGUAUGGACGCCAGAACCUCAAAGUGCCCAUCUAUCUGCAGUUUUACUACCUGUGGAGUGCCCCAAUUACGAAGUUCUAUGUCAGUCAGAUUUUCUACCUGUUUUACUUGACACUGUUCAGCUACGCUGUCAUCAUUCCGUCGUGCGGUGACUUCUACAUAGAUCUAGUUGUGUAUUUUUGGACUGCCAUGAUUUGGGUUGAAAUCAUCAGAAAAACCAUCAUCAAGAGAAAGGAGUACAAAGAAAUGAAGAUAUUUUGGACAGUCCUGGAGAUUGUCCUGAUAGGGGCAUUCCUGUUGGUGAUCGGCCUCCUUCGCAUCGUUCCGAAGUUUGUCCCCUUCAUCAAGUACACCACCGCCAAGUUUGUGAUGAGCCUGGGCCUGCUUUACUUCUACUACAGGUUGCUGAGUGUGUUCCUUCCCAUCAGUCCUGUCCUGGGCCCCAUGAUGAUCAAUUUCAAGGCAAUGAUGAAGAAGGACUUUGUGACCUGGCUGCGGAUGUUUCUGAUUUUUAUGAUUGCCGGCGGUAUCACCAUUCAGGCCGUUCUGUACCCAAACUACUACCCUCUAGACGAAAGCAUCAUCAUGGCUCUAAGCAGGGCAUUCUUUGGAAUGUUUCUUACCAAGAUAGAUGACCUUGAUAGUAAUGAAAAGUGUGAAAGAUUUUAUGACAACCAGACAAAGAAGGUUUGCUACAAUGCUGCAACUUCAUUUUGGAACAGAAACACUUCCCAGAUUCGUUUCCAGCCUGAGUAUGCAUCAUGUCCUUAUAGAAGUUUUGGAGGCUAUGCCAUGGUUAUACAGUAUCUAGUCAUUACCAAACUCAUUCUCCUCACCCUACUCUAUGCCUUGUUCAGAGCAAAUUUUAGGACUCGUCCUAGACCACGUGUCACCAAUGCCAAAGUGCAGUCAGAAUCGGAGGAAAUUUGGAAGUACCAGGUGUACAGCAUCAUUGUGGACUUUGAGACGCGCCUCAGACUGCCCGCCCCGUUGAAUUUCAUCAGCUACAUCAUCAUGUCACUAGAGUUCAUAUUCAAGAAAGUCAAGCACUUUUUGGGCUGGUGUUGUAAAUCAUCGUGUUGUAGGAGGAAGGAUGCAUUGGAUGGCAGAAACAAACUUUCCAUUGUUAAAGUUCGUGGCUCUGUGGACUAUAGCUAUUGGAAGAGUUGUAUGAAGAAGCUGAAUGAAGAGACUGAGAAAACCGCGAAAGAGGAGGCCCGCCCUAAAGAACAAAGCCAAAGAAUUGAGCAGUUGGUAACCCAAUCGAAGCUGCAGAAAGAGUUCAAUGACAAAAUGACAGAACAGAUGUCGAACCUUGAACGACAGUUGAUAGUCUGUAGUCUGGCCCUGGAACAGAUAGCUCAUAAAAUAGACACUAUAGAUCCCAAGGCUCGGCCGGAGCUUGUGACUGUCACUAACCUACACAUGGCCAGCAGACAGUCUCCUUACCCCCAGACCAAGCUUCAAAGGUUCCCGGUCUUUGAUAAAUUUGUCAGUUGGGAGGAACCCUACCCUACUUAUGACCCUGUGCUGUACACCAAACCAGUAGAUGAGUACAAAGAGUCAGUUCAAAAUCUGGUAGAUCCAGACUUCAUUGAAAUCACAGAGCGGCUGAGCAUGAGCAGCCAGAGCCAAGCGGAGCGUGUCAGUUUACUGUCGUCAACGGGAUUUCAGGUGCCACUGUGGAAUAACUCCGCAACAUAUGUGAUUAAUGACACAAACGUGGAGGUCAACAGGGUUUCCUGGAUCACCAAGGACGGCAUGCCCAUACGAUACGAGCUUGACUCCUCCAACAUGCCCAUAAACCCGAUGGGUCGAACUGGCUUGAGAGGGAGAGGGAAGCUGAGGCGGUGGGGUCCAAAUCACUGUGUGAUGCUGGUGGUUUCCCGGUGGAAGCGGUACCAGUCCACCAGCCAGAGCCAGCAGAACUUUAUAACGGUGGAUGGAAAAAAGGUCCUAGAGGUCCUUGUGGUACUAAAGAAGGAGACAGGGGAGAUCACCCUGCCCAGUGGCAAGGAGUAUGGGGACAUAUCUCUCUACUCAGCUGUCUGCAGAAAGUUCCUGGAAAACAUUUUUGAAUCCAGCAAUGUUGAGUUAAACAAUAACAUGACAGAACAACAAAUGGUUCAGUUUUUUGAGCAGUUUGUUGAGCCUCAUCCUGGGCCCUUUACUGGGUUCACCUCGGGUCAGAUUUACAAAGGUUACAUGGAUGACCCCUGUAAUACAGAUAAUGCCUGGAGGGAAGCGGAGGUCUGGAACAUCCACUACCAUGUUCCAGAUAACCUGGAUUUAAAGAUCAAAGAUAAAGAGAAGAAAUGGAAGGAAGUAUCAUCAUAUAUUCGGCUUCCUGGAAAUCAAAACCUGAUUGUACAGGAAGCAGCUCGAAAUCAAGGCGCCUACUUUUAGAAACCAAUGUAACUGCUGUCACUGUGAAAGCUGGUCUGCCCACAGUCAUUUUAUGCCUUAUGUGUUGAAACAUAUUCCAAGUACUUGUAUGUGAACGAAACAUUUUUUUUUAUUCAGGUUGUAAGGUGCAGGACGUAGUGCAAUGUUAAAGAAAAUUUUACAUGCAUGUAUUUACAAGUAAUUUUACAAGUAUAUUUUAUCUGCAGUCCGAAAUUAUUGAUGUAUACAACUGUGUUACGUGUAAGAGCUCAUUAUAAUUUUAAAGAUAAUUACUUUAAUUAUAUUGGAGUUUCAACUAAAGUUAAAUUAUGGGACCUUAUCUCACAAAAUGAAAUGGUUCAACUGGGUUUCUUGUUUUAUUUAUAAAAAUUUAUUAUUUUUCCUUGAAAGAAAAAUCUUUUUAUCUCCUUUCUUAGGAGAUCUAUUGAAAAUAUUUCUUGAUACAACUUGAUAUAAUAAAAGUAGCAGAUUUUACUGUUCUAGCCCACCUCCGAGGAAAACAGGCCUUUUACAGGUGUUUUACAAUAGGUAGAUUUGAGUGUUUUGCUGUUAAUUUUUGCCAUCUUUUUGAAGAGUGUUUCUUGCAAACUUUUUGAACUUUUAAAAUGUUCAUGUGUAAUUGAUCAUUAAUGUGUUCAAUGUUUUUUUUUUUUAUUAUUUCACAACUGUGCAUUUUUAAAUGUUGCUUUUGCUCAUCAAUUUAUCUUUUGUUUAUUGACAUGCCAUAUUAUUUAUACUUUAUUACUUUUUACAUGUAUAUCUUAUCAGUUUAAUACAGAUUGUCUUGCCAUUUAUGUUAUAAAUUUUCAUUAAUUUUGAUUAGUUAUAAAUGCAACUUGAAAAAAAGGGUAGGGGUUAUUUAUUUCUAGGACUAAAUUUUGUUUCGAUUUAGUUUUGAUUUUGUUAUUUUUUCUCCCAGAUACUAGUCUGUUGUCUUAAGUUUUUCAUUUGAAUGUAGGUCAUGGAGUUGAAUGCUGUAAACCAACUAUUUUUCGCAACAACUACCUUUUGUGACAUACUGGAGGUAAACUGGUUUGUGGGGCCUAUUUUUCGUUAUCAAGAUGUAGAUUUAUAAAAUAACAUACCCGGGAUAUUUUAUGACUGGUUCCUGGCGAAAAAUAUUUGCGACUAGGCUCUCGCAAACCUUGCGAAAAUUUCUAGCAAUGGAAAAAGGUUGGUUUAUAUUAAAUAAAUGUCAUAUUGAACACCCAAACUUUAAGUAAGCUAGUAAACUAGUACUUGUGUUUCGCAUGCAUGAUACAUUGGAUAACACAUGCAGAAAGUAGAAUACUAUGAAGAAAACCGAUAGUAGCUUGGGAUUAGCAUGAUUGGUUGUAUGAACUGUGAAUUUGCAUGAUAUUUUUUCUAUGGUGCUACACACUGAGGCUUAUUUUUUCGUCUCCAUUGGUUGCUGAUCUAUUGAUCUCCGCUUAUUGUAAGCAACUGUCUCCAUAAUGUACGUGUCAUAAUAAAAGGUGUUGUAUUUUUUAUUGUUAAGGUAACUGUGUCAUAAAAUGUUUGAGUAUUUUUUUUAAUGGAUAGUGCUUCAUUUGUUAAAGUAUUAGAUGAGUAGAAAAAUAAUGAACACGAGAAACUUUAGGUUAUAAAUGUACCGGUAUGUGCUUAAGUGUAUAGAUUGAAUUAUACCAGAGCCCUGAAAGGGUAACUCAACCAACCCCACUCUCCAAAGAGGAAUUUCUUAAUAGAUUUUAUAGAUUUAUAAGUUUAUCCUGUCUUUUCAAUAUAAUAUACAUACAAAAAGAAUAGUUGUAAAUUAUAGGAAUCCAUCACAGUAGAAAAAACACAUAUGAAGGUUUAUCUGCAAUAUUACAUUGAUUCAUUUCGAAAUGUAACAUACAUGUAUGUGAAUCAGCUAGUAUGAAUAUACCCUUAGUAUUGAAUGUUUACAUGAAUUUCCUUCCUGCAAAAAAAAAUCAUGUUAAUAUCCCACGCACAGAUACUAGUAUCCAUACAUGUAUUUACAGAAUUAUUUACGGGUUACCAUAUGUCUAGAGCUUUUUUCUUUUUUUUUAAUCAAAAAAUGAUUUUGAAAAAGUAUGUAUUGGUUGGCUGCUGUUUGUACGUAUCAUUCCUUUCACAAUAAUCUAAAGUAAAUUAGAUGUAUUAUAUCCUAGUUAAUGUUUUUAACAGAUUGUAGUAUGUUUUAGCUUGUCCUUAGUAUUAAUAGUAGUUGUACACGUACAAUGUAUUUGUUAUAGAGAUACAAUACAGGGUUUGGUUUGAAUAAAAUCCAUGUACAUUUCAAAUGUAUAAAAAUAUAACCAGUU